AUGGCUUUGCUCCAAUACCCCGCCCCUGUCGACUACGCGGCACAGCUGGAUGUUUUCAAGGACUUUUUAAAGCACUUCAAGACCUUCGAGUCCGCCUCUGAAUCGGCCGCAACCGAAGCUCUGGAAGACCUGCACAUUGAUGGAGAUGGCACUAGCGAUGAAUACGACUUCAUGGAGGAUGCCGAGAAUGAGGGCGGAGCGCAGGGCGCUGGUCGCAGACGCCGGGAACCGAAGCUCAAGUACAUGCAGAUGCUCCAGGAUGUCGCAGAUCGGGAACGGACGAACGUUCUCAUUGAACUAGACGACUUGAUCACCUUCGAAAAAACCCUGCCGGAGGAGACAGACCUGAAACUCGUCGAGUCUGUCCAAAAGAACACCAAGCGCUACAUCGAUGUCUUUUCGCAGGCAGUGGACGAUGUGAUGCCCAAAGAAACCAAAGAGAUGACAUUUAAAGAUGAUGUGCUCGAUGUGAUCAUGUCGCAACGCGAGAAACGAAACGAGACAAUGACCAUGGCCAUGGAGGCGGACAUGGAUGCAGCGGCUGCUCCUUCAAUGUUUCCCCCCGAAUUGACCCGUCGAUACACUCUUAACUUUAAGCCGCUUACCCCCUCUGGGUCCAGCAGUGAGCGCGACUCCAAAGCCCUCGCAGUACGAAAUGUGAAAGCAGAGCACCUCGGCAGCCUCAUUACAAUCCGUGGUAUCACUACUCGUGUUUCCGAUGUCAAGCCUGCUGUCCAGAUCAACGCGUACACCUGUGAUCGUUGCGGAUGCGAAGUGUUCCAGCCGGUUACUACCAAGCAGUUCCAGCCUAUGACGGAGUGUAUGUCAGAUGAGUGCAAGCAAAACAACUCCAAGGGACAGCUUUUCCUUUCUACCCGCGCGUCCAAGUUUGUUCCAUUCCAAGAAGUGAAGAUCCAGGAAAUGGCAGACCAGGUGCCUGUUGGCCAUAUUCCACGAACAUUAACCAUUCACUGCCAUGGAAGUCUCACAAGACAGCUCAACCCUGGUGACAUUGUUGAUGUUGCGGGCAUUUUUCUGCCCACUCCCUACACAGGGUUUAGAGCCAUCCGUGCUGGUUUGCUGACAGACACCUACAUGGAGGCUCAGCACAUCACGCAGCACAAGCAGGCUUAUAAUGAAUUGUUGAUGGACAGCCGAACCCUUCGCAAGAUUGAGCAGCACCAGAAGUCCGGCAACAUGUAUGAAUACCUAUCGCGGUCUAUUGCCCCUGAGAUUUACGGCCACCUUGACGUCAAGAAGGCUCUACUUCUGCUCCUCAUCGGAGGUGUGAGCAAGGAAAUGGGCGAUGGCAUGCACAUUCGUGGAGAUAUCAACAUUUGUCUCAUGGGUGACCCUGGUGUGGCUAAAUCACAAUUGCUGAAGUAUAUCACGAAGGUCGCGCCCCGAGGUGUGUACACAACCGGUAGAGGAAGCAGUGGUGUUGGUCUUACUGCUGCAGUCAUGAGAGAUCCCGUUACAGAUGAGAUGGUCUUGGAAGGUGGUGCUCUGGUUUUGGCGGACAACGGUAUCUGUUGUAUUGAUGAAUUCGACAAGAUGGAUGAUGCGGACAGAACAGCCAUCCAUGAAGUAAUGGAGCAGCAGACCAUCUCGAUCUCUAAAGCUGGAAUCACCACCACCCUUAACGCACGUACAUCUAUCCUGGCGGCAGCAAACCCGCUCUACGGACGAUACAACCCGCGAAUUUCUCCUGUUGAGAAUAUCAACCUUCCCGCCGCCCUGCUUUCGCGUUUCGAUGUAAUGUUCCUCAUUCUCGAUACCCCUUCGCCCGAUGGUGAUGAGGAAUUGGCCAACCAUGUCACCUAUGUGCAUAUGCAUAACAAACAUCCUGAGAACCAGGAUUCUGGUAUUGCUUUUACGCCCAAUGAAGUUCGUCAAUAUAUUGCCAAGGCACGAACCUACCGACCUGUUGUCCCCUCGACCAUUUCCGACUACAUGGUUGGGGCAUACGUGGCAAUGCGAAAGCAGCAGAAGCGCGAUGAGGAGAACAGGAAACAGUUUUCUCACGUUACUCCACGUACUCUGCUCGGUGUUGUCCGUCUUUCACAGGCCCUUGCGCGUCUUCGAUUCAGUGAUGUUGUGGUCACGGAGGAUGUUGACGAGGCUUUGCGUCUCACUGAGGUCAGCAAGGCAUCCCUGUACAACGAUAGCCAUACUGGUGCCGACCAGACCCCUAGCAGUAAGAUCUAUAGUCUGAUCCGGGGUAUGCUGGAAAGUGGCGCUGCGGCUGUGGGUGAUGGCGAAGAGGGUGAACUCAGCAUGAAGAGAGUGCGCGAGAGGGUAUUGGCCAAGGGUUUCACGGAGGAUCAGCUGGCAAUGGCAGUCGAUGAAUACGCUGUGCUCGACGUCUGGCAAGUCACUGGCAACGGAACACGCCUUCUCUUCGUCGGAGCCGGUGAUGACGAGGACAUGGAUCUGCGAUGA